GUUGUUUGUUUGUUUGUUUACUUUGACGUCUUUUGUCUUUUGACAGCUGGAGGAACGAAGUUCUUCUGCUUUUCACAUUUCUUUUAAGUACCCUCCUGAACUGUUGCCUUUCUGAUCAAGACUAACUUAUAUUUUUACCUUGAGAAAGGGCGACCCUUUCUCAAGAUAGUACACACCUUUCAGGUUUAUUGGACAACAUUUAAAAAUGCUUGGCAAAAGAGUAAUUGAUGAUGAACCUGAUUACACUCUGGAAGAUGAAGUGGUCCAGGAGGUACUCAAAGAAGGAACUGACUUGCGCCAAUACUCUCAUCAGAUUGAACUGGAGUUACGAGAGGUGGAGAACCAAGCAAUCAAAGAUUAUACCAAGGAGAGUACCAAUAUUGCGCAUCUUCACAACCAAAUCACAGGUUGUGACACCAUUUUAGAGCGUAUGGAGACUAUGCUCCUUGGAUUCCAGUCAGAUCUUGGAAGCAUAAGUACUGAGAUUUUAUGUCUUCAAAAAAAAUCCAUUGACAUGAGCCAAAAACUCCAGAACCGUCAAGCCGUCCGGGCGCCUAUUGCUCAGUUUAUAAAUGACCUGGCGGUCUCCGAGGCUCUCAUUAUAGGAAUUGUUGAAGAGCCAGUUGCUGAAAAAGAAUUUUUGUCUCAACUUAAGGUUUUGAAUCAAAAAAUCAACUUUAUGAAAGAGCAAACUUUUAAAGAUACACGUUCAUCACAGGAUGUGAGAGAUAUAGUUGAGAAAUUGAAGCUUAAAGCAAUUGCUAAGAUCCGAUCUUAUCUCCUGGAACAAAUUUCAAAGUUUAGAAAACCAAAUGCUAAUUUUCAGGUUCCUCAAAAUAAUAUGUUAAAAUUCAAAUUCUUUUUUGAGUUUAUCAUGACCAAUGAAAGAAACGUGGCUGAGGAGAUUUGUGCUGAGUACAUUGAUACUAUGUCAAAAAUAUAUUAUACAUACUUUAAGGCAUACUCCUCCAGAGUUUCUAAGCUCCAGUUUGAAGAACAUGCAAGUAGAGAUGAUCUGAUGGGCAUUGAAGAGACAGGAUCUCGUGGUCUAUUCUACAAGACACCAUUAAAGAAUAAAAGCACAGUAUUCACAAUUGGAAGCAGAGGAGAUGUUUUGAGCCCUGAGGGUUUGGAGGCUCCAAUAAUCGUCCCACAUGCUGCUCAAAAAUGUGAUGCGAGGUAUCCAUUCGAGGCUCUAUUUAGAAGUGAACAAUUUGCCCUGGUUGACAAUAGUUGUCGAGAAUACCUUUUCAUAUGUGAAUUUUUCAUGAUGGGUGGGUCUGCUGCCAUGGAAUUUUUUGAUCAAGUCAUGGGAAAAACCUUGGGUCUACUAGUUAAAAAUCUUGACACAUACGCCCAGGAUUGUUAUGAUACAAUUGCCUUGUUCCUGUCUGUUCACAUCAUAUUACGCUAUCAAUUGCUCUGUCACAAGAGGGCUGUCCCUGCGCUUGAUCAAUACUUUGACAGCCUUCAGAGUAUCAUCUGGCCUAGGUUUGAGUUUGUAUUUCAGCAAAACAUUCAAAGUGUCAGAGAUUGUGAUCCAACCAAAUUUGGGAAAGAGAUGCGGCCUCAUGCUAUAACGCGGCGGUACGCCGAGUACAGUGCUGCCAUACUCGGCAUAAGCGAGAACUUCCCAAAUGAUUUGGUGACUCGUCUGCUUGCUGAGCUUCAAGAAGAAGUUGAGUUGUUUAUUUUACGAAUGGCAGCUAUAUUUCAACUACGUAAGGAGCAGCUUAUUUUUCUUAUAAAUAAUUAUGACAUGGUUUUAAGCGUUUUAACUGAGAGGACAAGAGAAAACUCAAAGGAAGGUGAAUGUUUCCGUGAGUUGCUCUCCUCACGGAGUUCUGAAUAUGUUGAAGAAAUCCUCUCACCUCAUUUCGGUGGUCUUAUGCAGUUUGUCAAAGAAGGUGAAGCAUUAGUUGAAAAAAAUCAGGCAGAAGAACUUAAAAAGCAAGAAAAGAAAUCCUUGGCACUUGUACAAGCAUUCAAUUCCAACUGGAAACGAUCUUUAGAGGAUCUGAACAAGGAAGUUCUUACAUCAUUUUCCAAUCUUGUAACGGCUUCAUCGUUACUUCAGUUAGCCCUCACCCAGUUGGUACACUACUAUCAUCGCUUCCAUAAGCUUCUUUCAUCAUCUGGCCGAGCCCAACUUACUAACAUUCACCAUAUCAUGGUUGAAGUUAAGAAAUACAAAACAUGUUUCUCAUAAGAAUGGUGAUAGUAAUAAAUUUUAGCUGUACAAAAUCAAA